UUUGCUAGAAAUUGAUUAUUUUUGUUUUAGGUAUUGAUGAUAUUUAUCAACAUCCAGAUUGGCAGUAUCUAAAUGAAUACAGAGAUGAAAAUGGCCAAUUUAAAGACCCAAAACAAAAAUCAAAACGUAAAAUUAACAAGAACGCUACUGUGAACACAUCUAAGGCUUCUUCAUCUCCAACGAGAAAUGCAAGUUCAUCACACAAUUUUCAAGAACCACGAUCAAGGGUAGAGUUUAGCGAUCUAGUUGAAAGUGUGGGGCUUAUCAUGAAGGAUGUAUAUCCUGACGGAAACUGUUUAUUCACAUCUGUAUGUGACCAGUUAAGAGUCCGAGGUGACUUCUCAUUCACUCCCCGAGACCUUCGCCAUGCGGCUGUUGAUUUCCUCCGUGAGAAUCCUAAUCAGGAUGAUGGUACUCCUCUUUCAGAGUUCCUUGCAGAUGAAGAGCGGAAUUGGGAAAAAUAUUUACGUUCAAUGAGUCGGGAUGGCACCUGGGGAGACCACAUUGUGAUUUGGGCAUUGGCACAUGUACUGAAUAAACGGAUUGUCAUAUACCGGGGUGAUAAGGAGUUGCAUAAAACAAUAGUUGAACCCACUGCGACGUUGAAAAAAUCAUCUACCGAUGAAGAUAAUAAUACAAGUACAACGGCCAAUAAAAGUACAGAUCUAAAUAAGGAUACUAAAGACCAGCAAGAUAAACCGUUGCUGCAUAAAGAUGUGUAUGAAUUGUACCUUGGGCACAUUUCAGAAUCACAUUACGUUAGUCUUAGACCAAUGAAUUGGCGUGAAGAGCUAUUCGAAGAGUUGAAGAGAAAACAAACGUCGUCUCUUGUUGGCAUUAAUCCAGAUUCAAAAGGACUCGAUUCCAAUGUUGACGUUUUUGUACGAAGAGAAGCAAUGACGCUUUCACCACGUGAUCUUGAUUUCUUUCUUAAUUACUUAAGAAGAGGAAAAAUUAUUUUCAAAUUUUCAAUGCCUUCCACAAUACCAACAUUCAUGGAAGGAUUAUACGUGACCAGGCACUUAAUUAAUGAUAUUGCGUAUGGUUUUGAUAGCAAAUUGUGGGCAAAUAUCAUGACAAAGGCAGAGUCCCACUCGCCUACAUUGAAUAAUUAUGAAAACUUUAUUUUAUUAACACCAAAUGACACUUUAGUUACAAGAGAUCGACGGAAUGCAAACAAGAAAGAUUUGAUAUUACACGAUGACGGUCAAAACUUCGGAAAAUUCCAACUGAUACCAUUGGAGCCGUCUUUAUGGAAAUCAAAUUUAGUUUACAAAAAUAGCCUGCCAUUUUUGAAACGUCUUGUAAGUAAGGCAACAGAUUCGUCGGGUAUCUCCAUGGAAAAAAUUGGUUUCAAGUGUGCAUCAUGGCCUGAUGAAGCAAUGGAAUGGAAGUCGCGUAAGCGCUCACAUGGAUGGCCCAGUCAGUCGACCUUGGAGAAGAUAUUUGAAACCGGUGUUAGGGUGGUGCCAUCAGAAGACCAAGAUGAUGACAAAGUGGAAAAGUCCGUCGGCAAAUGUAACAAUUUUGCGAAACACCAUACAAAUCCACUCAAACAAACAAAAGAUGAAAUAAACCAUUUGUCAGAAGAGUUAAAAUGGGAGUUUGAUUUUUGUGUUUCAGAAAGCAUUCUUUGCCAGAAAGAAAUUCGCCAAGCACAAAAGACAUUAUAUUGCAUUCUUGAAGCAGUGGCACAGUUUGCUUUUGCUGAAAAAACCUUGAUUACUAACCAUCAUUUGAAAACUCUUUUGUAUCUUACAUGUGAGAACUGUCCCAGUGAAGAAAUCAAACACCAGCCAGGAAAAUGUCUAUUGUAUCAACUCGAUCUUUUGAAAGAAUUCCUGACAAGGAAGCAUUUCCCUCAUUACUUCAUGAGGGGAAGAAAUCUUAUUGCGAAUGCAAAGUAUGAUGAUAUAGCUUGGUAUAUUGAGAGGAUUGAGGUUGUAGUGUCAAACCUUUUGGCAGUGUUGUAUUGUGUACUUGACUAUUGUACACUGCAAAAUGUGUUUGAUUUAGGAAACGUAUUUAAUGAUCUCUCUGCAGUUAUCUGUUCACGAAACGAAGAAGCUACAAUGCCACAUGAUUAUCCGGUUCCUCUUUGUAUUAUGUCACUUACUAAUUUGAUCAAAUCAAGGAUGUUUAAACGCGCAAGAACUAUGUUAGAUACUUGGCACAGUGAGCUUGUUUUCUCUUUCGGCAAGCAGAUAGUUUCAAAGGAAGACUUUGUCAACAAAGUAUUGUCAGCACUACCUUUAGAGCAGCAAUGGUUAUUUGCUCUUUAUAUUGAUUGUCGGGAUGGGUCUGACUAUCUGCAGUUUGUUUGCAGAGGACGAGCGUGUGUUCAUCUUGAUAAUCUUUUCGGAGAUAAUGUUACAUCAGUCCUGUUAGAAGAGACAUCUCUGCACUACGGCGAAAUAAAUUUGCCAACUUUGAUUCUUGGUGAAAGCAUGGUCACUGUUGCAAGGAGACUAGGUGAUAUCUUGUAUAGUGAAAUAGGGAGCAUAAGUGCAUACCAAUCAGCUAUCCAUCAUUUCCUUAAGUCAAAUACACAUGACUUGUUGCUGAGUAUUGAAAGUGACCAGAGAAACAAGCGUGAACAUUAUACACACUCGAAGCUGACACAUUUACGAAACAUGUUUGAAGACCUUUAUAACUCAUAUCGUGAUGAAAAAUGUGAAUAUAUGUUUCGUGAUUUGAUGGAAAUUUAUGACGAACUUUGCAACUUCCUUGCCACAGAACACGAUUUUGAAUUUAUAUCAAAGCUAUGGGCUUUUUUUGGUGACAAUCUGCGGGCAAGAGAUGCGUAUCUGAAAGCGGUAUCUGUGAGGGACGAGUCACAUUAUGUAUCGACAUCACUUUAAUCAAAGAAGUCAUUAAUGUUACAAGCAAGAUGUUCCGCAAAUUCAUUUGACAUUUACAAUGAAAUAUAUCAGAAUGAGUGAUUUAAUUUAUCGUCUUCCAAUAAGUAACAACGACGACAGAGAUAACAGGGAUAACGGAAAACGUGCUUCCAUU